GCCCUUGCACAAAUGUCGUCUGCGCACUCUAACACAAGGCACCCCAGUGCUGGCGGCGAGGACGCGCGCUGCGGUAGACGAAAGGCGAAACACGGGAGCCACGUCAGCGCAAUCCGGGUGAUGACGGAGGGUCCGUCCUGCGUGGCAGCGGGGGGAAAGUCGCGGCAGAAGCGCGCGCAGUUGGCGGCGAGGCGACAGAUGGUGCAAGUGCGGGUGGUCACUGUGGCCCCCGUUGCGGCGACGAGAGAGGAGGCGGCAGUUGUUUCGACGGCGAGAGAAGAGGCGCGUGGUGAGAACAGAAUUGAUCGGGACGGCGGCGACCCCGGUUCAAGCCGGCCACAUAGGGGUGUGAUGACGAAAGAUCUCAUAGAUCAUGUCGUACUUUGGGUUGACGACAAAGCUUUCUGGACGACGGGGCAGGGGCGAAGACUAUACAACAUCGUCCAUGAAACGAAAGAGUACUUUGUCGCCAUCACCAGCGGCCUUCCAGCAUUUGUCGUCCCUCGGAGCGUGGUCCUGCCCAAAUCCAGCACGAAGGUGGCCAGGAUCACCGACCCAUCACAUCUACAGCAAGCGAUCUCCCGUGCGGCGGCAGUUGAGAACAUUGCUCUGCGCAUCUUGCACAGCUGGAUAUUCAAGUCCGGGAACCGCCCAAGGGGAUACAGUGUGGCUUUCCAGUACUCGCCGGAAUCCGUCGCGACAGACAUUGCACAUGCAAUGUGGUACGACGAGGAGCGGUGCAACGUCGUCAGUGCGGCGGUAUGCGCGCACACGAUAGAUAUCUCCAUGGACUUGCCACAGUGGUUCGUAGGCGCCAACAUCGAGGACAGACCCGACGACGACGACAUGGCGGCGUACCUGGACUCCUAGAGUCCACCGUCAUCCGCGCCGCGUAUGUUUUCCUCGCGGCGGUGCAAAUGGGUGCGCACAUCGACUGCGACUUCA